AUGGACAUCCCCCCCGGCCACGCCAUGCCGCCCCUCACCGACGCCGACUUCCGCGACUUCGUAUACAACUACUUCAAAGCCGAGUACGCACCCCUCCGCUCCAUCUGGAGCACCGCAACCGCCGAGCCGCGCCAGGCCCCGCGCUGGACCAGCCUCGGCCACGAAAUCAGCCCCCAGACGCUCCGCCCCGCCAACGCCCAGGCCCAGAAGGACCUCUCCGACCUCGCGCUCUUCGUCGCCACGUACUCGCUCCCCGGGCCCUUCAUCUCCGGCCUCGUGGCCCGCUUCGCGCGGUACGAGUCCCACUCGCGCCUCGACAAGAAGCUGUUCGAGUGUGGAAGAUGGGAUCUGCUCGUCCGCAAAGCCCGCGUCGAGAAACGCGUCGUCGACUGCUUGUGGCCGCUGCGCGGCGGCGAUCGCGCCCGGCAGGCGCAGGGCGGCGAGGUGCGGCGCUGGUUUGGCGACAUGGUGGGCAAGUACUUUGAGCGCGGGGGCGUGGGGCGCGGGGCGUGGAUUGUAAGGGCGGAUGCGCGGGCGCGGGUUGCCGCGGGCGGGCUGGUGCUGGUGCCGUUUGUGGAGCACCUGGGCGCGGGGGAGGAGGGGGACGGGCUGCCUGCUGCGCCGAGUGUGAGGGCCGGGGGCGCGCCGGAGCGGUUCGAGAUCCGGUUCGAGGCGCCGGCGCGCGUGGACGACACGUUCUCGAAGACCGUGGUGCGCGCGUGCAAGUGUCUGCAGUGCGGGACCGCGCGGGACGUUCAGGUCGUGGUGUCUGUGGAUCCGCAUCCCGGGGGCGGCGGCGCGGAGUCUAUCACGGCGAACACUGCGGUCCAGCGCCGUCUGCAGCCCGGCGCCCGCAGGCAGGACGACACUGCUCCACCAUAUCCUGAACCCCGGACCCAGACGCCCCCGCCCCCAGAGCAGAAGAAACAGUGCCCGCGCUGCACCUUCCUCAACCACGCCUCGCUCACCGAGUGCGAAAUGUGCGCUGCUCCGCUCCCCGCAUCCACCGUCUCAAAACCACCCAGCCCCGUGGCUCAGCGCGGACACGCGCACUCCGCGUCGCUCCCGCCGCCCGUCACCGCUCCAGACCGCUUGAGGGCCGAGGAGCGCCCCGCGGCGCCCAACAGACACAGUCUGAGUGCGUCGCUGUUCUCGAUCUUUCCGUUCGCGGGGCAGGUCCAGGGGGUGCCGGUGCAGACGGCGACGCAGACGCAGACGCAGGCCCAGAACGCGGAGACACCGGCAGCGGCGCCGGUGGUGGUAUCCAGCACCGCAGCAGCAGAACGGCCAGAGCCCCAGCGCGCUCCGCGGCGCAAAGCAGCAGCACAGCGCGGAUCCCCGCCGCCGACGAAGACGACGACGACGACACCGCCCCCGCGCCCCGCGAGCCCGCAGCCCAACAAACCGUCUCCGCCCUCCCCAGCCACACAAAACACACACCCUUCACCGCUGCUCUCCCGCCCCCCCGAAAUGACACUCAUGCCCCUCACCCCCUCGCCCCCCUCGGCCCACCGCGCGCCCCCCGCUGGCCUGCCGGGCCGGCUGAUGGACGAUUACCCUGUUUCUCCGGCGCUGACGCCGGGGUUGGGCGAUGAGGAGGGCGAGGGCGCGGGGUGGGGGGAGUUGAGGCGGGGUAGUCGGGAUAGUAGCCGGGAUAGUAGCGGGGAGGGGGAUAGCGAGGAUGAUGAGGAUGAGGAUGGGCAGGGAGGGAGGGGGAGAGGGAGAGGGAAGGGGGUGUUUGGGGGCUUGGAGGGGGUGGGGUUGGAGGAAAGGGGGGUGUGGGGGGAGGAGGAUUAG